AUGAAUUGUAAUGAACGAAACCAAAACCUAUUGUACUCUAUGACCAAAAGUAAAAUACAAAUGUCAAAUUACAGAUACGACCUUCGUAGUUAUUUGGGCUCCCUUCGCGGGGACGAAAUGCAAGUAAACGUGGCGGGGCUCAGGAGAAAUAUCAAGAACCUCGCGCACAACUACUCUGAUGCUCAGGUAAAAGUGCGUGAAGCCACAUCGAACGACCCAUGGGGCCCGUCCAGCACGCUGAUGGCGGAGAUCGCCGACCUCACCUACAACGUGAUGGCCUUCACCGAGAUCAUGCAGAUGAUCUGGAAGCGGCUCAACGACCACGGCAAGAACUGGCGCCACGUGUACAAGGCGCUCGUGCUCAUGGAGUACCUCAUCAAGACGGGGAGUGAGAAGGUGGCCAUGCAGUGCAAGGAGAACAUCUUCGCCAUCCACACCCUCAAGGACUUCCAGUACAUGGAGGAGGGCAAGGACCAAGGUUUAAACGUGCGUGAGAAAGCGAAGCAGCUGGUGCACCUGCUGAAGGACGAGGAGCGGCUGAAGAACGAGCGAGCGCGCGCGCUGAAAGCGAAGCAGAGAUUCGCGCAAAGCGCCAGCGCCUUCGGCAGCGACGGCGCGCUCGACACGCCCUCCAGUCCCACCUACCCGGCGCUGAGCGGCGGCGGGUCGGGCGGCGGCAGCGGCAGCGGCGGCGAGUGGAGCGGGGGCGGGGGCGGGCGGGAGACGGAGCUGGCUCGGCCCCUGACGGCCGGAGAGGAGGAGCUGCAGCUGCAGCUGGCGCUGGCCAUGUCUCGCGAGGAGGCCGAGAGGGAGGAGAGGCGUCGGCGCUCCGACGACGUACGGCUGCAGCUCGCCAUCAGCCAAUCGCAGAACGACUUCCAAUCGCCAGGCGCGACCGGUCCUGUUGGGGAGAAGAAGGCAGAGAGCAAUGGGCAAUCUCACCUGCUCGACCUGCUCGACGUGUCACUCAGCCCCGCGCAACCUGCUCAACUUGAUCCGUGGGGUCUCCCCGGAGACAAACCUAAACCGGACACGAGUUCGGAGGCGUGGUCGGGCGUGAACAGCCCCGCCCGCGACCCGUGGGCUCCCGCCGCAGCCGCUCUCGCCAACCCGGACCCGUGGGCGCCGCUCUCGCAUAGCAAGAGCCCCGUGUCGGUGAUAUCGUCCCCGUCGAGCGAGCUGGAGCAGUUCGACGCGCUCUCGCAGCGGCCGAAGGGCCACCAGAAUAACAACAACGACUCCGACCCCUUCGACAUCUCUGGAUUAGGCGCCCCCGUGUCGAACAGCACGGGUGCCAUAAAGAAGUCGCCGUCUGCGUUCCUCGGGGAGAAUUCGUCGCUCGUGAACCUCGAGAGGCUGCUUCAGCCCCCUCCCGCCGCCCCGGCUGCCCCCAACCCUUUCGCCCCUGAACCCCCUCGCCAGAUGUUCGCUAGCCCCCAACCGGCAAAAUUAUCAAUAAACGAGAUAAAGCAGCAGCAGAUGGGCCUCGCUCCGAACCUGCCCUUCCCGAGCUCGUCCCCGGCCUUCAACGCGCCGCCCCUCGCCGUGGGGUCCACGAUGCCCACCUUGGGGAGCACCAUGGGAACUGCGAUGCCCCCCCUCGGAAGUACUAUGCCCCCGCUCGUUGGAAGCCCGAUGCCGCCACUCGGGGCUCCUUUGUCCGGAGUGCCCUUAGGUAGCGGCGUGCCUUUGCCUUCGGCGGACCCUUGGGCCCCGGCCUCUGUCCCCUCGGCCGCGGCCCGCUCUUCCUACAGAGAGGCGCUCAGCGACCGGACCCCGCCCCUGGCCGCAGCCACCGCUCACCCCCUAUUAUUAUAG